AUGCUCACUGUUGUUGGGGCGCCUCCAUCUCACACAAUUGCUUCCGAGGUUGCCACGAACCUCGCUGGUGCAUAUCUGCGAAAGAAGUCUGGUGUCAUGGGUCAACCAGCUCUCUCGGUGGAGGACGAGAAUGCGGUUGUUGAGCGGAUAGAGCGUUGGUUGAAUCAUGGAUUCUUUCCUUAUAACAUGUUGGCAAAGGAUACAGCCAAUGCAUAUUUCAAUAACCAAGGCUAUAGCCGCAAUAGACCAAACCUCAAUGCCGGUUGGCAGAAGGGUUUCUGGAUGCGUCAUCCAGAACUUGCUGAUCACAUAGCCAAAGAGCGCGAUACACUAAAAUUGAAAGGUCCGCACGAAGAUCGCAGAGCUCUGAAGUUCUUUCAAGCAUUCAAAGAUAUCAAGCAGCGGUUCCAGAUUUCCAACGACAACAUAUAUGCUAUGGAAGAUGCCGCAUUUGUUACCACCAUGUAUCGAAAGUCCAGCGUCAUGUUUGUUCGGCCACCGAACCAACAUCACAAGAGAGAAGGACGGGCAUUUUCUUCGGUUAUCCACUGCUGCUCAACGCGAGGAAAGCACCUGCCCCCAUACAUUGUCUGCAGGAGCCAGGAUCCACCUCAGACCAAGAACUUCGGUCGCAUCAAAGUCUCAUUCACCCAGUCAGGUUGGGCGGAGUCGAAUCAUGCGCUCGACUGGCUGAAGACUGUUUUCGAGCCAGAGACCCGACCCAAAGGUCGGCGUGAAACGUGGAGAAUCCUGAUGAUUUCCCAUCGAUUUUGCGUAGUCUUUCCUGAGUUCGAAAAGUUCUGCUGGGAUCACAGGAUCGCUUGUCUUUCCUUUCCCAAAAACGAUCAACGAUUCUUCAAUCCAAUCGAAAACAUCGCUUUCGGGCCUAUGCAAAGCAGCUAUACCGAUUACAUGAGAAAGAGAUUCUCCGAUAACAAUGGAAAUGCCAUCACACUGGAGGUGAGGGAGUUCGCAUCCUGGAUUGAUGGCGAGGUAGCUUCGUCGAAACGAGCGGAAGAAGCUGCAGAUGUUUGGCGUCAAAGCUGCCUUGUGCCGCUGGAUGAAUUUCGCCUUCGCAACUGUCUCCAAGGGAACCGAGCUACAGCCAUGCCAGAAGAUAGAACUUCUAUUCUCGAUAGCCGUCUUUACUCGGAUGACACCCCUCCGGCAAUGGCGAGAACACGGGCCACACCUCGAACAAGUGUUCCUUUACCCAUCAUCCCAUCCACGGAGGCAAUGAGCCAACACUCUACUCCCGAAUAUUCACCUCCUUCACCACGGCAAUCACAGGAGAGCCAAGAGAGAGAUGAUAGCUCUGCAUCGGAGGGAAGUCAAUUCGACAGUGAAAGUGAGACUGCCAACAGUCACCAGCCCAUUACACCAUGCAGGACACCUAGACUGCCAAAGACUCCUCGGCCCAGGAGUCCGGAGACAGAACCAUCUGGUUCAGUGAUGUCGUCCAAAAGGCACCGGGACAUCUUGGAUAAAUGCAUAGAAGGAUCACCUCAAACACAAAAGAGGUAUCGCGAUGACUUAAUUCUGGAUCGUGGGGAUCUGGAAAAAGAGAAUGCUCGUCUGAAAGAAAGGGUUGAGCUGUUGGAGCAAUUUACGCUCAAGAGACAGAGACUCGACUGA